UUUGGGGGUGAUGAAAAUGUUCUGGAACUGAAUCGUGGUGAUGGUCGUACCACAUUGUAAAUCUAUUAAAUUCCACUGAGUUUGACACUUUAAAAUGGUUACAGUGGUGAAGUUUAUCUCAAUCCGUAAAAUAACAACAAAAAGGAAGACCGAUCAACCAACCCAGGGUUGAAGGAGGAGGAAGGGAAAGAUCAGGAAUCUGGAACAUUUCUCUGAGUUUAGUUUCCUCAUCUGUACCUGGUGGUAAUAAUGCCCCCAUCCCCCACUGGCUUGAGUAAGGAGCAGGAAUAAAGUGUUACAGAAACACUUAGCACCGAGGCACUCAGUGUCAAUGUUAAUUGCCUUCUUUUCUAUGUAAGUAUCUAAACCUAUUUGUCUCCUUUUAUACCUUUAUUUCUUAUGACCCUAUGGGUCGUGGCUCCAGCCUGCCGAUCUGUUCUUCAGGAGGGCUCCUCCCACUGACUCUCCCUGCCUUGAGCCAGAUGCAUCUGGAAAGUUGUCCUGGUGUGAAAGGCCAGUAGGCUCGUUAGGCCACUGCCACAGAAUCACUUAAGAGCUGAUUUUGUGGGACUCACCUACUGAAUCAGACUCUCUGGGGAUGCUUGCUUCAGGGGAAUCUGGUGUCUGUAUUUUUCAUAAAUGCUCCAGGUGAUGGUCGUGCAUGUUCAAGUUGGGGACUGCCGGUUUCAUUUAUUCCUGUCUUUACCAUCUCCUCCAGGAAGUCUGCUCGGACUCCUCCCCUGAGAAGCCCUCUGAUUAGCCAGAGGGCUCCUUCCCUGUGUCUGAGGUUCUCAGUGUCUGGGCCAAAGUCAGCUUGGGUUCGGCUGGGUCUGCUCUCUCCCUGCAGACCCGGGGACUCCCAGGGACAGAUGCCUGGCCGUCUCUUUCCUCUUGUCACCCUGGUUCCUCCUGAGUGUAGGCUCUCCAGGGAUGCUGUAGGAAGACACUUCAGUUUUAAAGCCUCUAGAAUCCUGCUUACUUCUACCGAUAUUUGGGAGAACUUAGAUUCUCUCUCUUCCUACCAUUCUACUCCUGACUUUUCGAGAUGAUGUAGAAAUUGUAUUACUGUGUCACAUCAGCCUUUGCUUUUCCUGUCCCAUGUCAUCCCACAGAUGUGCUAGGUUUGGGCCAGCCCCCACCCCACCCUGACAAGUGACCAUGGAUCCUGGAGCCGGGCCAGAGUCAUCUCUGACUGUCAAUGAGCAGGUCAUCGUGAUGUCAGGCCACGAGACCAUCCGCGUGCUGGAAGUUGGAGUGGAUGCCCAGAUCUCUGCCGAGGAGGAGGGCAAAGGGCUGGAGGGUGUGGCUGCCGAGCGAUCCCAGAGCAGAGGCCCUGGCGAAGCUAGUGAACCUGCUGGCGAAGCCGGGCCAGACAACCCGGACUCCUCUGCUGAGGCAACUGUCUCUCCCGGGGAUCCCUCCGAGCCCUGCCCCUGCUCUUGCCACCUUCAGCCAAGCCCCGAGCCAGCCUCAGGCAUCGCAGACCCUGACGCCACUGGCUGUUCAAGCUGCCCCCCAGGUCUUGACUCAGGAAAACUUAGCCACAGUUCUGACAGGAGUUAUGGUUCCAGCAGGGGCAGUUACUCAACCUCUUCUUAUCCCCAUCAGUAUUGCAGGUCAAGUGGCUGGUCAGCAGGGGCUGGCCGUGUGGACAAUUCCUACAGCAACCGUGGCCGCCCUCCCCGGACUGACAGCUGCUUCUCCCACGGGGGGGAUUUUCAAGCCACCUUUAGCCGGUCUGCAAGCAGCUGCCGUGCUGAACGCCGCUCUCCCGACACCCGUACAAGCCGUCCCACCGGUACAGGCCGCCUCCUCGCCCACCCAGUCCCGGCCAGCAGCCCAGCCCCAGACGCUGUUCCAGACCCAGCCGCUGCUGCAGACCACGCCUGCCGUUCUCCCGCAGCCCACUGCUGCCGCCGCUACUGCCCCCACCCCCAAGCCGGAUACCCCCCCACAGAUCACCGUCCAGCCUGCGGGCUUCGCGCUGAGCCCAGGAAUUAUCAGUGCUGCUUCCCUCGGGGGACAGACCCAGAUCCUAGGCUCUCUCACUACCACUCCGGUCAUUGCCAACGCCAUUCCCAGCAUGCCGGGGAUCGGCAGUCAGAUCCUCACCAACGCUCAGGGACAGGUUAUUGGAGCACUUCCGUGGGUAGUGAACUCGGCCAGCGUGGCAGCCCCAGCACCAGCCCAGGGCCUGCAGGUCCAGGCUGUGACACCCCAGCUGUUGCUGAACGCCCAGGGCCAGGUGAUUGCGACCCUGGCUAGCAGCCCCCUGCCUCCUCCUGUGGCUGUCCGGAAGGCAAGCACGCCUGAGUCCCCUGCUAAGAGUGAGGUGCAGCCCAUCCAGCCCACGCCAGCCGUGCCCCAGCCUGCGGUGGUCAUCGCCAGCCCAGCCCCAGCGGCCAAGCCGUCUGCCUCUGCUCCCAUUCCAAUCACCUGCUCUGAGACCCCUACUGUCAGCCAGUUGGUAUCCAAGCCACAUACCCCAAGUCUGGAUGAGGACGGAAUCAACUUGGAGGAGAUCCGGGAGUUCGCCAAGAACUUUAAGAUCCGACGGCUGUCGCUGGGCCUCACGCAGACUCAGGUGGGUCAGGCUCUGACUGCCACGGAAGGCCCAGCCUAUAGCCAGUCAGCUAUCUGCCGGUUCGAGAAGCUGGACAUCACGCCCAAGAGUGCCCAGAAGCUGAAGCCAGUGCUGGAAAAGUGGCUGAAUGAAGCCGAACUCCGGAACCAGGAAGGGCAGCAGAACCUGAUGGAGUUUGUGGGAGGUGAGCCCUCCAAGAAACGCAAACGCCGCACCUCCUUCACCCCCCAGGCCAUAGAGGCUCUGAAUGCCUACUUCGAGAAGAACCCACUGCCCACAGGCCAGGAGAUCACCGAGAUUGCUAAGGAGCUCAACUAUGACCGGGAGGUCGUGCGGGUCUGGUUCUGCAAUCGGCGCCAGACCCUCAAGAACACCAGCAAGCUGAAUGUCUUUCAGAUCCCCUAGGGCUCUGCCCCCAGCCCUGCGUUCCAGCACUUUGUACUUUUCCCUCGGCACUGGCUGCAGCCACUGCCGUGACAGCACCUGUUGUUCUGCCGCGUGCAGCUGUGCUCGUCCUGGGUCGUGAGACUCCACUGUGUGCAUGUGUGUCCACUGCCUCCCUCCUCUCCUCCGCGCGUCUCUCACAGCAUGGGGAGGGCAGAGGGACCCACCGGAGAGCUCCAGGCUCAGGCCGGUCACGCCAAGGGACCCCUCCCUUAAGUGGUGUCACUUAAAGAAGCACUUUGCUAAUGUGGUUUUCGAAGGGUGAAUUCUGGUUGGGAACCAGACACGCCCCGUCCUUGGGGAAGGGCUGCAGCAGCCCCCAAAGGACCCCUGGCCAUUAGCUCUUGUUUUUGAUGGCAUUCUCUCUCCACCCUCUCUUCCCCUUUGCUCCUGUGUGUAAGUGCGACAGAUAUAGCAGCUUGCCCCGUGAACCCGCAGCCUCACCUCCCACCCUUUGCCUGCAGGCACACUAUCCCCCCCAAAGGACCCAAGAGGCACAGGUGUGAAAAGUGUGGCGAACUGCUCAGAAGGUCAGGCUCAGUGUCUGCCUUGCCUUCAAGGUCAGAAGGUUCCCACAGCCCUGGGGCCAGAACACGUGAUCUCCUUUCCCACUUCUUCCUGAUUCCUUUUGGGGGGAAUUGCACUAAAGCAGAAUCUUUUUCACUUUAAUCCAUGUUGGAAGGAAGCAGCUUUGAACUCUAGCUGUCCUGGAGUUGACCUGGGUCUACAGCAGGGUGGAAACUUAAUAAAUAAACCCACCCUCCCAGACUUUCAUCCGACCUCUGCCCUUCGCCAUCUCCCCCACUAACAGGGAGGGCUAAAGAAUGGGCAGCCUGGAAAAUCCCAUUGCCCAAGCUCGCAGCAGCCUGGAGAAAAAUGAGGGAAGGAACGCUGACUCUGUCUUUCUCUGGGCCUCCUACUCACCCCCCACCCAGUACCGGGCCUUCUCAGAGGGGGCAAAUGAAACACGAAACCAGAGCAAGGCCCUAGGGAAAAGGCCAACAUCCAGAAAGAACUGAUGGCAGCCCAGGAAGGUCUCUUGCAGAAGGUGACUUAACUCUAAUUUUCUUUGAGACUUAGAGCCUUGGAUACUGGAGGAGAAAUCUUACUUUGUCUAAAGUCGGAGACCACAUGUUUGUGCAAACAGGCCCUGUCCCCCCAGCCCCUGUGCUCCUCUGAAUCAAGAAGACCCCCAAGGCAGGAUGGGUGUCACCUGUAGAGAGGCUAGCUAUGGCACGUUGAGGGCUGGCAUCUCGUCUGAGCUGCGAAGUGAGUUUGCAGCCUCACGGUGGCUGGACAGCCUCUGGAACUCAGUAUUGUUUCUCUGGGAGGUCAGGAGAGCACUAAGAGGAGGGCUUAGAUGAACCCAGACUUGCUGUGUAGACCAUCCCCUAAAGGGGCACAAGUCACAGAGCUGGGUCCGUAGCAGCUGCCCUCCACCACACCUCACACGAUACAGCCUGUGAAGUGGCUGUGAGGCGAGGGCACAUCCCCACCCACUGUCACUGGUGGCAGAGCCAUCACCUAGUCUGGCGUUCUCUGGCUUGCUGUCGUUUCCUGCCUACACCUGGUCCCUGGCAGGCCCUCCCUUGCCGCAGUGGCCGCCCUCUUGGUAGCCCUGCCAGUGAGAGGACAAGUGUGUGUCAAAUUGCCACACACACACACACACACACACACACACACACCCC